AUGGAUUCCACACUCAUCAUCCAUUGGCUCUUCAGCUGGCUGGCCCUCCUCAUCAUGGGCGUGAGGCUUUGGGGGAGGAAAUACGUCCGCCAGACCUUCAACACAGGCGACUACCUCACUAUGGCGGCCUGCGCCUGCGCCCUUAUUCGCCUCGGCAUGAUUCAUGUCGUCCUGACCUGGGGCACGAGCAAUAUGACGGCCGCGCAGCGCCAGGAUCAUCACUUUACCCCCAACGAGAUCUAUCAGCGGGAGAUCGGCAGCAAGCUAUCCAUCGCCAACCGGGUCUUCUACAAUUCCUACCUUUGGUUGCAGAAGCUCGUGCUACUGGAUCUCUAUCGACGCCUUAUUCGAGACAUGCCCUAUGAAAAGUGGCUGAUCCGAACCUAUCUCCUCGUCUUCUUCGCCACGUACACGAUUGUCCAGGUCUUUACAUUUAGCGAGUGCAAGCCUUUUCAUCUCUACUGGCAGGUUCUCCCUGACCCUGGCCCAUGCGCACAAGCUCAGAUGCAGCUCAUUGUACUCGGCGUCCUCAACAUCAUAACCGACUUCAUGCUGCUCAUCAUGCCACUCCCCGUCAUCUUCAAGCUCAAAGCACCCACGGGACGUAAAGCCCAGCUGGUAGCGCUCUUCACACUUGGUAUCUUUAUCAUCAUCAUCACCAUCAUCCGCCUACCGAUCAACUCCUCGCACCCAUACAGCCAGGUGAACCGCACCACCUGGGCAAGCACCGAGCUCCUGACGGCCGCCAUCGUCGUCAACGCGCCGACUCUCUACUCCUUUUGGAAUACGAGCCGGCGGAACAAGUCAACGCCCCGAGAGCAGGAGCAGGGCGCUUCAGACAAGGCAAAAGAUGGCAUUGUUCUGGAGACGAUAGGCGGCAGUACCUUUUCUGGUACCGGGGGUGGGAAGCGGAAGCCAAGUGGAGGGAUAUUGCAGACGAAGGAGGUCAUUGUGUCUGAAUACAGGCAUAGCGGUGAGUAUAUCAAAUUGGCUGAUGAGAGAGAUCAUACGUCGCAAAACUCUGGCGGAUAG